CACAGCAUACAGUCCACGCCCACUCUGUGUUGAUUUUCGUUUGACAGCAGUGAACUUUCUCGGGAGCCUUCGAAAUUGUCACUGUUGUAGCCUUUCAGACAGCCUGGUUUUUGCUUUCAUUUCGACUGAUUCCUCUGGAAUCUUUUCUAAGGAUGGAAUAAGGAGUAAUCAUGGUGGUGAAUUCAGUGCACUGGUUUCGCAAAGGUCUGCGGCUGCACGAUAAUCCGGCAUUGCAGGAGGCCCUCAAUGGAGCGGACACAUUACGAUGUGUUUAUAUUCUGGACCCGUGGUUUGCUGGAGCCGCUAACGUGGGAAUCAACCGAUGGAGGUUUUUGCUGGAGGCUCUGGAGGACCUGGACAGCAGUCUGAAGAAGCUCAAUUCACGAUUGUUUGUAGUCAAAGGACAGCCCACAGAUGUAUUCCCAAGGCUUUUAAAGGAGUGGAAAGUGACCCGGCUGACAUUUGAGUAUGACCCAGAGCCUUAUGGGAAGGAGAGGGAUGGGGCCAUCAUCAAGAUGGCUCAAGAGUUUGGAGUGGAAACCAUUGUCAGAAACUCACACACUCUCUAUAACCUGGAUAGGAUAAUAGAGAUGAACAACAACAGUCCUCCUCUGACCUUUAAGCGGUUUCAGACCAUUGUAAGUAGACUGGAGUUGCCUAGGAGACCACUGCCUCCCAUCACCAAGCAGCAGAUGGACAAAUGUCAAACUAAAAUAGCUGACAACCAUGACCAGCUGUACAGUAUACCUUCACUGGAAGAACUAGGUUUCAGGACAGAGGGUUUACCUCCAGCUGUUUGGCGGGGAGGGGAGUCAGAGGCCUUGGACAGACUAAAUAAACAUCUGGACAAAAAGGUGUGGGUGACCAACUUUGAGCACCCUCGGGUGAACACUUGCUCCCUGUAUGCCAGUCCUACUGGCCUCAGCCCUUACCUACGCUUCGGCUGUCUGUCCUGUAGGGUUUUGUACUACAACCUCAGAGAGCUCUACAUGAAGCUCCGUAAGCGUUGCAGUCCUCCUUUGUCACUUUUUGGCCAGUUGUUAUGGAGGGAAUUUUUCUACACAGCUGCCACCAACAACCCAAACUUUGACCGUAUGGAAGGAAACCCUAUCUGUGUCCAGAUCCCCUGGGAUCAGAACCCAGAGGCACUGGCCAAGUGGGCUGAGGGUCGGACUGGUUUUCCUUGGAUUGACGCCAUCAUGACCCAGCUGAGGCAAGAGGGCUGGAUCCACCACCUGGCCCGACAUGCUGUGGCCUGUUUCCUCACCAGGGGAGACCUGUGGAUCAGCUGGGAGAGCGGCAUGAAGGUGUUUGAGGAGCUGCUCCUGGAUGCGGAUUGGAGUGUAAAUGCUGGCAGCUGGAUGUGGCUGUCUUGCAGUGCCUUCUUCCAGCAGUUCUUCCACUGCUAUUGUCCUGUUGGCUUUGGGAGGAGAACUGACCCUUCAGGAGACUACAUCAGGCAUUACAUCCCCAUCUUGAAGGACUACCCAAACCGGUAUAUCUAUGAGCCUUGGAAUGCCCCGGAGUCGGUCCAGAAGGCAGCCAACUGUGUAGUGGGAGUGGAUUACCCCAAACCUAUGAUAAACCAUGCAGAGGGCAGCAGGCUCAACAUUGAGAGAAUGAAACAAGUUUACCAGCAGCUCUCCCAUUACAGAGGACUCAGUCUAUUAGCAUCGGUACCAACAAUCCAAGAAGAGGCAGAGCCACCAAUGACUGAUGAGUCCCAGACCAGCAGCGGCCCUGACUCACCUCCCAGAGGGCCUGCUGACAGCGAAGCAGCUGGCUGCUCUACAGCUCCUGAUUCAUCCACAGUCUGUCCAUCAUCCACCUAUGCUCCACAACCUGACCUGGAGGACACAGCAGACAAUUACCUGUCCCAGACCACCUCCUCAUGCUCACGCUCACAGCCUUCUGCAGCCAUAACAUCUACAUCAGCUCCUCCCUUCUCAGCGCAGAGCCCCGUGUCAAGGUCCAAACCCUCCUCCCCUUCCUCCUCAUGUCUCACCUCAUCCUCAUCCCUCAGUCCAGCCACAACCCCAACCCCAACUCAGGCAUCCUCUCUGGGGCAGAGGAGGAAAGGUCUCGCCCGCAAAGUCCGGCGCAGCCAAAGGCAACGGGGGCGACAGAGCUGCACUCCUGCAGCCAGGGAGGGAGACAGGAGAUCAGAGGAGGACGAGAGGGAGGAAGUAGGAGAGGAUGAGAGGAUGGAGGAGGACGCUGAGCAGGAUGAUGAGAGAAUGGAGGAGGAGACUUCAGGACAGGCAGCUGGAAGUCAGCAGUGAUAUCAGGUGGAGUUCAGAAGAAUGGUCCUCAAACAUCCACUACAGACAACUGGAUAGCAUUCUGGAGAUGUCAUCAGUAUAAAUAUAUAUCUGCACAUGAAUGCUGAUAUGUAGGCAAGGGACAAGGUUUUUGGUAUCAGAAGUGUUCUGCUUUCUAUUUGUAUUUUGAAUAAUAUUGACCAGUGACUUCUGAACAGGCUUUGGUUGCAUUCAGGUAAAUGGCCUGUGUGGACAAAAAAGGUGGAAUGUAUUGACUAUAAUGUAAUCUCAGAACCCAUCGGCUAUCAUCGGUCCACGAUUUAGUUUUUUUUUAACUUUAUUUAAAUUCAUCUAUAUUCACAUACCUGUUCAUUCAGAUUAGUGGUCUCCAGCUCCAUUCUUGCAUCUCAGGUUGCUAAUUGAACCAAUAACAAUGGUAGAGCUUGCCUCAGAUAUCUGCUGGCUACACCAGGAGCCCCGACACAUUGACUGCUGUCAUCAGACACUAAAUCAUCGAUGUCAGACAAUAGCUGAUUGUUUCUGAGAUUUCUGGCUAUGUGGGCAACAUAAAUGUGUAAAAGCAUGCACAAAGCACAUGGGGAAACAGGAUGAAGGCAUUUUACUCACAUUUACUCUAGUCGUAAAUACGAAAUGCUACAAGUGUUUCAAUAAGAGUACCUAAUAAAAGAAUAAAUUAACCAUUUUGAUAUUUAAACAGAACUAGUCCAGAGUUGCUGCAAAUAAUUCUUAUUUGACGAAAUGGAGGAAAUCAUAAUCCAGCAAAGUAUUUUUAAAGUGUCAUCUUCUCUUGUGCAGUUCCAUCUGAGGCAUACACAGGGCUCGUAAGGAGCAACACAGUGUGCCCGCCACAUUAAACCCAUACAACUUAUUGUGGCCAUCAGCAGUAGCACCUUUCUGCUCGUCCACCUGCUUCUACGAAUGCCCUCUUUUUGGAAGAAGAUAGUGACAUUUUACGGUAAUAACUGGUUUAUUCACCAGUUCAUUCCUGGCAAUGGCCAGGCCAAAAAUUGACUGUUCUUCUCAUUUAGAGACUGACAGGAAAUCUACAAGAGCUUAAGACAGAUUUAGUAAAGUGUAUUAAACUUCAUUUUAUGUUGUAGCACCUUUCAGUGUACAGUUGAGGAUGUUUUGGGCCCACUAAAGGAGGCAGUCAUCUAUCCAGGGAAAUGGAGGGUAAUUCUGUUCAGUUGGCCCUGAAGAUAGAUUGUUCAACACAUUCUAUUGGUGUUACCAUACUGAAACACAAAAACACACUAAAGAAUAUGACUGAAAUACAUUUUAAUGUGUAAAUUCAAGAUGCGAUUGUUUUGGAAAAUACCACAUAUUUUUGCUAGCAGUGAAGAUGUGAGUUAGUGAUAGGGAACAUAAAAUUUUUAUAUUCUGUCUCUAAAUCACAGGUGUUUAGGAGGAUUUCACAUCUAUGAAGGGAUAGGAGGCCAAAGCAUGGCCAUCUGUACAGCUUUAACCUGAAAACAAAACAAAAUAACAUGUUUUUGCCAUAUUUUUCUUUUCUCAGUUAAAAAUGCUGUUUGUGUGGAAUAAUUGUAAAGAAAAAAAAUUGUUUCUUUCCCCCAUACACAGUAUUUAUCAGAGUUUGUAUAUUAAGUAUGUAAAACCAUAACCUCUCUGUUUUACUCAUGGUGUGUUUAAAGGGGGCUUCACAAAGACUUCCUGGUUGUGUCUUACCAAAGGUAUCCACUAGAGGGGAGUAGACACAGCAAAUUCUGCACAUGCAAUCGAAUGACCUGAUGAUUAUUUUCUAAACUGAUGGAUAAUCAUUCUAUAAAAUGUUACAAAAUGGUGAAAUCUGUCUAUCAUCACUUGUCUUUCUGCCUGUGUGUUCUUUAAAUUCCCUGAGGGAAGAGUGAAUCUGAAGCCAGAACUAGCAGAUUUGUUUGGCAUUUUUGCUUCAUAAAAAUGCAGGUAAUUUCUGUCAGUCAACCAGCUGAUUCAUUGACUAAUCAUUUCAGUUAGUGAAUUUAAUUAGCCUCAAAUCACAUAAAACAGGAGAUGAUUUUGAAUUUGUACUACACCCGUAAACCAGCCAGUUUGACUUUGUGAAACCCCCUCAGUCUUGCCUGAAUGGGUCGAAGUUUCCCCGAAAGGGGAUCAAAGAGACACAACUAACAGUCUGUGCAGAUCUGAUACUGUUGGUGUUUAAGACAAAUGGGAACUGUGAAGUUCAAAUCCUAACAAGGUGAAAGGACAGAUCAACCAGUUCAGCCUCUCAGGGCUAAACUGCCUUAAGUUAGGAAAGUUCACAGUUCCCACUUAUCCUGAACACAACACAAGCCCUGAUGCUUGUGUUUUGCUGUACAUUCCAACUAACAACAAUAUGAUGCUCUGCAGGGCUGGAUGUGUGAGAACUGUGGGCUACAUGGAUAUUUAUUUGUUUUGUAUUGUACAAAAAGAGUUUAUUUUCAUUAAAAUUGCUGAAGGAUUUGUGAUCGCA